AAUUUAGGGCACAGUCCCCCCUACAAUCGAAGUGGGCUGAUCUGUCAUCUUUUAGCCACGCGUUUAGAACGUGGGUGCUUUCGUACCCCACCCCCCUUCCUGUCUCUAUCCUCGUCUUGUGUCCACUUGUUGUGCAGACAGCCUGGCGACUGAACCGAGAACAUGGUGUGUUUCAGUUUUUACAGCGAAAAGUGCCCUUACGGACCCAUGGAUCCCGAGAAGUCAGAGUUUCAGCCGUGGCGGGACUACAUGGGUUUGGCCGAAGCUGUGCGAGCUAUCUGUUGUGGGGACUCUCCGCCAGACCAGGUGACUGGUGGCGAGCUCCCCCCGAGAGCAACGGAGAAAGUUAAGGACUUCACGCCGGUGCUGGUGCACUAUCGAUCUAGCCAAGCACCUAGAGAUGCAGUGAUCAGAGGCUGUAGGUCCGCGUCGGUGAUUGCGCGCAAGGUCUCCUCUCCGAAAAGUGCCCUUGAACCCCCGCCAGACAAUGUGACUGUUGGCAAGCUCCCCCCGAGAGCAACGGAGGAAGUUAAGCCCUCAACGCCGGUGCUGGUCAACUAUCGAUCUAGCCAAGCACCUAGAGAUGCUGUGAUCAGAGGCUGUAGGUCCGCGUCGGUGAUCGCGCGCAAGGUCUCCUCUCCGAAAAGUGCCGUUGAAACCCCGCCACGCUUCACCAAGGCCUCGGCGAAGCCCAGAUCCAAGGAGCCGCCGCACUCCGAGACGUCAGACCGGCGAAAGGCCUCCCCGCCGCUCAUGUUUUGCAGCUUCUGCCAGCACAACGGAGAGUCGGAUGCCAUCUUCACUUCUCACUGGCUGAAGGACCCGUCCGGCGACGUGCUGUGUCCGUUCUUGCGCUGCUACGUGUGCCCGACGUGCGGCGCCACAGGUGCCCUGGCACACACGAAACGGUUCUGCCCGUUGGUGGAGAGCAGCUACAGCUCUGUCUAUACCAAGUAGCCACGCCAAUGCCCAGGACAAUACCCAACCUGCCAGUGCCCAAAUCAUAAGAGAACGUGUGUCCGUGUCUCAACCACAGAAGGGCGCUUUUGGGUAUGCUUUGAAACCAUUCUUUUAUUUGUUAUGUUUUUGUAUUUUUUUUAUUUAGAUUAGCAGUUACAGAAUUGUAUUAGGCGAUAUAGUUGUUCCUGUGUUCGUAAGCAGUAUCCAAGAUGUACACAGAGCGAACUUGUUUGAAGAAGUUUAAGAA